AUGAAGGUAUAUUCGGUCAUAAUAUCCACUUUUUUGUUGGUGGCUGGAACUCUCGCUGGCUUCUCUGCAGAUUCCGGCGUAAUUCAAGUGAAUGACAAGAAUUUUGACGAUAUUGUAGUGAAUUCAGAUAAGUGGUCUUUGGUUGAUUACUACGCAGAUUGGUGCAGACAUUGCCAACUGUUACACCCUAUUUAUGACCAGUUAGGUGCCUUAUUCAAAGAUGAAGAUACUGUGCAGAUUCUCAGGAUUAAUGGUGACAAAGAUGGUAGGAAAACCACCCGGAAAUAUGAAGUUGAUGGAUUCCCCAUGGUACAAAUGUAUCAUGGUAAAGACGAGCCAAUAACUUUUGAAGGUAGUAGAGAUUUGCAAAGCUUAAGUAAUUUUGUUCAACUGGUUGCUAAUGUGAGAUUACCUGUAUCGCAAGGUUCAGAAGAUUAUGUUUCUGACGUGGUUCAACUUAAUGAUUUGAAUUUCCAAGAAAAGGUGUUUCUGAACACCAAGCCAACUAUUGUUGCAUUCACCGCUCUGUGGUGUGGCCAUUGUGUUAAGUUACUGCCUACUUGGGAGAAAUUGGCCAAUAGAGUAUAUGCCAACGAUUUGGAGACCUCUCUACAGAUUGGCGAGGUCAAAACCACUGAAGAACCUAGUGAGAAAUUGAUGGAACAAUUUGGCGUUAAGGGCUUUCCAACAAUUCUAUUUUUUGAUCCACUUGGUCCACCUUCGAAGGAAGAUGGAUUGAGAAGACCUGUUCAAUAUUCGGGCGAUCGCUCCUUAGAAUCAUUAAUUGAAUUCAUAAACGAGAAUGCUGGUUUACAUAGAACCACCACUGGGCAAUUAAGUUCAAAUGGUGGUACUGUUCAAAAAUUGAACACACUAAUUAAUGAAAAAUUGCACCAAAGUGAAGAAGCUUCUCUCUCAUCCGCAAUUUCAUUACUUAAGGAUAUCGACGAACUCGUUAAAGUGUCAUCUUCAUCAUUUGCCUCCCAGUAUAUCAGCAAGGCCGAUGACUUGCUGAUGGUUCCAUACUACAAGAAGCUAGUAAAUAAAAUUAUCAAUGGAGAAGAUGAAUUCUUCAAAAAAGAGCACGCUAGAUUAACCAAGAUAGUGACUACGAACUCUCGUAACUUGCAAGAAAAGACUGUUGAUUCGAUGCAGAAGAGAAUUAAUAUAUUGAAACUGUUUAUAGACAAUUAG